GGGUCGGUCGGAGGCCGGCCGUUCAGUUUCGCCGCAGUUAGGCGCCGGUUUCCAUCUUGGCACCACGGCCCCGUUCUCCAGCCCCAAGCCCGGCGCGGCUGCCCGGGGGGCUUCUUCAGCCUCCUUGACGCCGCUCCAAGGGGCACCUACGUGGCCGUCGCCUGGGUGUCCAGCCAGGGGCCUGGCUCCGGGCUUCAGCACUCUGAGCCGCAGUAAGAAGUACCCGAGCCCUCCCGCGCCCUGACUCCCUCUCAGAACCGUCGAGACCUGGUUCAGAGCGGCAGCCUUGGACCUCAGACUAGACGGAUCCAAGAGGCUCAGCCCCGGCAUCUCCUCAGACUGGGCUCUGCGUCGUCUCGAAUAUGUCACCCACCAUCUCCCACAAGGACAGCAGUCGGCAACGACGGCCGGGGGCUUUCAGCCACUCUCUGGAUAUGAAGAGCGGCCCUCUGCCGCCGGGCUGCUGGGAUGACACUCACCCGGACUUGGUGGGCGGAGAAGGGGACAAAGAAGCUCUUCUUUGGGGCACCGGCGUCGAUGACUUCUCAAAACCCCCCCGGAGCUGCCAGGCCGAACUAAGCAGCAUUUUGCUGUUGCUUUUUCUUUACGUGCUCCAGGGCAUUCCACUGGGCCUGGCGGGAAGCAUACCACUCAUUUUGCAGAGCAAAAAUAUUAGCUAUACAGAUCAGGCGUUCUUCAGUUUAGUCUUUUGGCCCUUCAGUCUCAAAUUGCUCUGGGCUCCAUUAGUUGAUGCAGUUUACUUUAGGAACUUCGGCCGUCGCAAAUCUUGGCUUGUCCCUACACAGUAUGUACUGGGAAUCUUCAUGAUAUAUUUAUCCACUCAGGUGGACCGUUUGCUGGGGAAUACUGACGGCACAGCCCCCGAUGUGGUUGCUCUCACAGUGACAUUCUUUUUGUUUGAAUUCCUGGCCGCCACGCAGGACAUCGCGGUGGAUGGUUGGGCAUUAACUAUGUUAUCCCGGGAGAACGUGGGUUAUGCUUCUACUUGCAAUUCAGUGGGCCAAACAGCGGGCUACUUUUUGGGCAAUGUUUUGUUUUUGGCCCUUGAAUCUGCCGACUUUUGCAACAAAUAUUUGCGGUUUCAGCCUCAACCCAGGGGAAUCGUUACUCUUUCAGAUUUCCUUUUUUUCUGGGGAACUGUAUUUUUGAUAACAACAACUUUAGUUGCUGUUCUGAAAAAAGAAAACAAAGAGGUAUCAGUAGGAAAAGAAGAAACCCAAGGGAUCACAGAUACUUACAAGCUGCUUUUUGCAAUUAUAAAAAUGCCAGCAGUACUGACAUUUUGCCUUCUGGUUCUAACUGCAAAGAUUGGUUUUUCAGCAGCAGAUGCAGUAACAGGACUGAAAUUGGUAGAAGAGGGAGUACCCAAAGAACAUUUAGCCUUAUUGGCAGUUCCAAUGGUUCCUUUGCAGAUCAUAUUGCCCCUGAUCAUCAGCAAAUACACUUCAGGUCCCCAGCCACUAAACGUAUUUUACAAAGCCAUGCCCUACAGAUUAUUGCUUGGGUUAGAGUUCUCUUUGCUGGUUUGGUGGACUCCUAAAGUAGAACAUCAAGGGGGAUUCCCUGUAUAUUACUAUAUCAUACUGCUGCUGAGUUAUGCGUUACACCAGGUUACAUUGUACAGCAUGUAUGUUUCCAUAAUGGCUUUUAAUGCAAGGGUUAGUGAUCCACUUAUUGGAGGAACAUAUAUGACCCUUUUAAAUACUGUGUCCAACCUGGGAGGAAACUGGCCUUCUACAGUAGCCCUUUGGCUAGUAGAUCCCCUCACUAUGAAAGAGUGUAUAGGAGCAUCAAAUCAGAAUUGUCAAACACCAGAUAAUAUUGAGCUUUGCAAAAAACUCGGUGGCUCGUGUGUUACAGCACUGGAUGGUUAUUAUGUGGAGUCCAUUAUUUGUGUGCUUAUUGGAUUUGGGUGGUGGUUCUUUUUUGGUCCAAAAUUUAAAAAGUUACAAGAUGAAGGACUGUCUUCAUGGAAGUGCAAAAGGAACAAUUAAUGCAUUUACUACUGGACAUUCUAAAAAGGUAACUAUAGUUUAGUUUUAAUUCAGAGAAUUAUGCUAAUCAGUGCACAGGAGUAUAAAAUAUCAUUUUAAACAAGGAAAUUAUUACUAUAAAAUGCCAAAUGGCUAAAAAAUGGAGACCUCUCUAUAUACAUGAUUAUAUAGUCCUUGCCUUGUUAAUGUAUUUACAGUUUACUUAAGGUCAGGAAAUCUGUUCUAAAACAGCUUUCCUGGCCUUGUUAUUUGAUUUAUAUCUUUUUAAUUUACUGACCAAAGUAUCUUUUAAGCAGCACUACAGUAGCCAUGGGUGGUAACCAUGCAGUCAAGUAUUGUUAUCAGUUCCUAUCCUUGAGCUGUAUUUAAAUUUUGGUAAAAUAUAUUAAAUGGAAAAGAGCUUGAUAUUCAGGUACUAAUUAUAACACCCCUGACCUGUUGAAAGUUAAAUCUUAUUUUGAAUUUCAAAUUGUUAAAUUCUAUGUGGAAUUUCCUGAGAAGAAAAUUUAGACUACUGACUGAAAUGCCAUUUUAGUUGUUAUUUUUCUGACCACAACCACAUUGUACUAAUGAAUCUGUGUUAAAAAGACGAUUUUAAAGUAGUUCCUGCUUUUGUAGGCAUUAAAGAUUUAUAAGAAGAUUAUUCAAACUAUUUUUUAUAUAAUAAAAAGCUAUGAUUUUUAA